AUGCAGCCAAGCCUCCUCCGCCGCCCCCUCCUUCUUCUGCACCUUCUGACUUGGCUGCUGGCAGGCUCCACCCCAGCACACGCCGCGCUCGAAAGCGCCCUGGAAAGUGCAACCGAACGCCUCAUCCCUGCCGCCGGCAACGACACGCCCGCGCUCGUCGACCGGCUCACGCACUCGCUCUCGGCCAAACAGGUGAGAAAAGUCGUCCAACAGGCACCGGAGAAGCUCAACCUGGGUACAGACAAUUUUCUGGGGUCUGGGUUGAAACGUAAAUCAGUUUCGGGAGCAUACGGGACGACGGCGGCGGUCGCAGUGGGCGCUGCUGCGAUCACGUAUCAGACCAUGAACUUGAAGUCGAAGUACAGGGAUGCUGAGAAGAAGGCGGAGACGGCGCAAACAGAGACAGCAGCAGCAACCGACACCGGACCAGAAGAUCUCGACACUUCCACCGAGUACACUGCGUCUCCAGCAUCGAUGCCUCCGCUGACUGAAAACACGGACACACCAGCUCAGCCGCACAUGGCGACGACACCAUCCUCGGCACCACCAGUACCACCGAGAUCAGCAGCGCCCAGAGUCCCCGCAGCGACUGGCACAAAUGCGAUAUACGCAUUGCCCGUGCGAUGGACCAAACGCACACGCCCGAGCAGCCGCCGCUACGCAUACCCGCCCUCGCGCGCGCUCUCCGCCACACAGUGGUCCAAGCGCACACCCAUCAGCGACGCAACGCUCAUCACCAUCGAAGACUACAACAAGAUGAUCGGCGCCACCGAAGCCAUCGCCUCGGGCACCAUUGCCGUCGCCUCUGCGUAA